AUGAGACGAGCAGUAUCCCGAAUAAUACCUUCGAGACAGAAAAAUAGUGCCAGCUCAGUGGAAUCGCCCACGGCUGGACUAGCUGGGGACAGCAUCCCCUCCUUCAUAGAGCAGAAUACAACGAUGACCGAUACCAACCACCUUCCCUAUACGAACUUUAAAAUGGAAUUCAACUCGAUUGCAGAAUUCUACAUAACACUAGAUGAUCCCCACAAACUGUGGUUACCAGGUGACGAGGUGUCAGGACAAAUCAUAUUGAUAUCAAGGAAAAACCUAGCUAAUAUAGCGAUCACUCUAUCGCUUGUGGGAUGUGUUAAGAUCAAUGCGUCGUCUCAUUCUAAGCUAAGACCAAUAAAACAUACCUUAUUCAACCAUACCAUCAAGAUAUACGGGGAUGAAGAUGACGUCCCCACAGGCGGCGAAGACGACUUUAAAAGCGGGUUAUAUAAGGGUGAACAUCGAUUCCCAUUCAUCGUGAAGUUGCCUAACAAGAGAGUCUACACGAGCAUAAACUUUGGUAAGGGUGCCAUUGUAUAUCUGUUGAAAGCAGCUAUAGGAAACAUUCUGAAUUCUGCCGCAGCUCCUAACGUGACCACGCCAACUACUACAAAUAAUACUUCAGUUAGUGGUGGCUCGGGAGCGAAUGGUGGUAGUAGCGGUAACUCACCUUGCGAUACAAGCUCUCCAUCUGCUCAUAAAAACAUAAUCGCAAAGGCUAAGCAGCUCAAAAUGCUCAAUAGCUCCACAUACACCUCAGAGAAACUCAUUAACCUUAUAAAUCCUAUAGAUGUAGCGAAAUUACCGCCACUGAAGCCAAAAAGACUUAUUUUGAAAGACCCAAGAAGCAGUAGUAGCAAGGGAAAGAAUCUUGCAAGAACUCAGUCUUCUACAUCAACACUCAAUACAUUUACUACUGUAUCAUCAAACACCUCUGACUCGGUGGAUACCAAUACUACAAUGCAAGAAGGAACGACCCCAACCCAGCCAAGUAACAAUAGCCAACUCAACAUAACACCAAAUGUUAUAAACAAUGGCUUCGCCAUUGCCGGUACCCCUUUGUCUUCGGAAAACAGCUCACUGCAGAAGAAACCUGACACGAUCAAAGUGAGUCUAGGAAUACCGAACCGAGGGUACUUAAGAGGAGAACUAAUACCGAUCAAGCUUAAUAUCAACCAUCUCAAAAAGAUUCAAGACUUAAGUGGAAUAAUCAUAACUUUUGUAAGAGUUUGUCGUUUAGAUAAUGGUCCCGAUGGACUUUAUGAAUCGUUCAGGAAGGAUUUGUAUCAACUGGUUAUUCCCUUAUAUGUAGACCCCAACACUUUCCAAUCUGAGAUCAAUACCAGUGUCCGUGUCCCUGCAGAUUCAUUCCCUACGAUAUCAGGCUGCCCAUUGGUUUCCUUCCAGUAUUUUAUUGAAGUGCUCAUCAAUUUGAGUGGGAAAUCAUUGUCUAUCGAUGGGAACGACUCCAAGAACUCUGGGUCUCCGAAAGAUCUGAUAAUGGGGGCUGCCAAUGCUGCAACUGGUGCAGGUAAUUUCAAUUUUCAACCGCAUGGAUCCUUUAAUUCUAAAGAGAGAUCGACGUACAUUAACACUGACAAGUACAAAAGAAUGAAGAAAUUUUUACAACUUACAACAGAAGUUAUUGUGGGAACUCAUAGACUGAAGAUUGUGACCCAGACGACUAGUAAUGAUGAAAGCGUUUCGCUUUCUCCAAUUCGUCGUAGUUCCUCUCUGAUUUCUGGCCAGUCACAAUCAUACUCUCAACCACCAUCGGUGCCUCCGCCAUUACAGUCUCAGCUUCCUCAGCCUUCAAUAUCUCCGGCUUUACAAGAAAGUGGUGCACGCAACUCACCUCCGAUAUUCAAUUCAUUCUCUACACCUCCUUAUAUCGGUGACCGCGGACCGGUCCCCGAGUACAACGAGACGACGCCAUCUGGAAGCGAUUCAUUGAUUCCAUUACCUCAACAGAAUCAUUUGUCCGAAAAGGAACAAAUGAGAUUGAGAGAGGUCAGUCUUUUGCCUUCAGCUCCUCCAUUGGAUGACAUCGAAGAAGACAUUGAUGGGGUUAGUCCAAUUGAUAGAAAUGAUGAUAUUCUCCAGCAUUUGCAUGAGCAAAAUCAGGCAGCUAGCUUAAACGAAGAAAACCCAAAUGAAAAUACAUUAGCCACAGGUGGCCAACCUCUGUUUUCUUACUUUGACAAUGACAAUACCAACGACCACAAUAAUGAGAACCAGAAUCUAGACAAUGAAGUUAAUAUCGAUGAUGAUUUAUAUAGCGAGCUUGAUUUAGUCCCCAAUUAUGAGUUAGCUAACAACGAUAGGCUUGUUCCGCUGAGCUCUAACCAAUGA